AUGCAGUUCAAACCUGAGAAAUCGAGGAGCUUGGUCUUGAGGAAAGGGCAGAUGCAGGAGAGCGCCAGAUAUAGAAUCAAGGGUCAGCUCAUACCUACUGUCAAGGAGCGUGCAGUAAAGUCUCUAGGAAAAUGGUUCCGGGAGUCGCUUAAUGAUAAGCAGAGCAUACAAGACCGCAUGACUCAGAUGGAAGACUGGCUGAAAGCUGGACAAGAGGGCAGAGGAGCCAACAGUGCUAGUGGGAUCCUAGGAACUGCAAGUGACUGGAAACUGGAAGCAGACCUAAAGAAACAGCUCAAGUUCCCACAGGAGAUCACCGUAACUCACCUGAGACCUGACGUGGUACUAUGGUCAGCUUCAACGAAGCAAGUCGUCAUGGUGGAACUGACAGUACCAUGGGAAGAAAGGAUUGAGGGGAGCUUUGAAAGAAAGCUCAUAAAGUAUCAGGCCCCACAGACAGCUGCAUGGAGAGAGGUUGGAGGUCAUGGUGUUUUCCUGUGGAGGUGGGCUGCCGAGGAUUUCCGGCAUAAUCACUGUGGCGCACAUUCAGUAGACUAG